CAAAAAAAAAAAAGCGCAGCAAAGCUCGAGCAAAUCGAGCUUAGCAAUUUUCCGGAGACGGUGCCAUGCGGUGCUCCCAGUGGUGCUUCCUUUUGUUGGUCCUGAUCCUUGAGAUCGUGGCGAGUUGCGAUUGGGACGAUUGUGAUGAGGGCAUGUCCCUCCGGCAGCUACGGGGCCAGAAGACUUCUCAGGCGGCGUGGUCCUUUGAGAAGCCAGAUCCAGAACUUUUGAUUUGGGACCGCAUUAUGCACAGCGCCCUGAACUCGACCACCGGCCGAGUGAAUCGAACCAUCUACAACGGCUGGUUGAAGGUUCCAUUGGUCCAUGAUCCUGCGCUCAUGGAGUUCGAGAUGCCACCCUAUGUGUGUUUGAGGGUUCGAGGCCUGGCAGCCUUGAAACCUCCAGCCAAGAACGGGCCUAUGUUAGCCCACUGUGGAGGACCUGGCAGUGGUCGCGAUUGUGCAAUGACCAUGAGCGCUGCGAACUUCGACAUUGAUGGGCGUCAUGCAAUCAUCUCAGACUUUGAUUUGCUAUCAAUCGAUCAGAGGGGAGUUAACACGUCCAGUGACAGGUAUGAGCGUGCAGGAAAGUGGGGAGAAGUUCCUCCAUGCCCCUUCAACCUGUCUGGUCGUCCGCUGAGCCGAUUUCCAACCAUCUACUGUGAUGAGAUUGCAAAGUAUGUGGAGGAGCCGCGGAAGCUGAUGAAGCUGCUGACUCCCAUUCAGGGUAAUGCUUCCGUGGAACACGAUUGGAAGACGUAUGUCGAACCGAUUUGGCGGAGUGGCAAGAUCCCCUAUGCAGACAUGGCUCCCACAAAUGAAACCUUUGUCCGAUGGUAUUAUCGCCUGGUGAAGUUGGAGAACAGCUUGUGCUACGAGACCCCACGAUACAAGAUGAGGGCGCCUAAUGGACGUGUGUACAACGCCAUGCAGUUUGCCAGCACCGUCGAUUGUGCCCACGACAUUGACUUGUUGAGACGGGCCAUUGGUGCAGACAGGAUGUCCUGGUACGGUGCAUCUUAUGGAACCUCUGUUGCCGGAGUUUACGCUUCGAUUUUUCCUGAAGUGACUCACCGAGUGGUCAUGGAUGGUGCCGUGAACCCGAGACCAGAUACCGAAGCUCGGAGUGGAAGCUGUGCGAAUGGCAUUCAGGCCGUGUGGGGUGGAAUCGAGAAGGAUUGCGAAACCAGCCUUGUCCGCAACCUUUCUGCGGAUGAGGUUUGUCCAGCAGCUCCCAGAGUUUCAUCCAAGGCUUUGCAUGUUUUGAAGGGAUCAAAUCGAACUGAAGCUUCCUAUUUGCUUGAGUUGAUGCUUUUCACGGUGUUUCAUGCUGAAGCGUUGGCACCACUCGCCAUGGCAUGCAUUGAGCAGUUUUAUUCAGGCAAGGAGGUGGAAGGAUGCAACAAGGUUUUGCCGAUGCUCUCCUCUUAUCGGAUUGCUUCCAAUUCCAGCAACAGCACUAAAGCCAAAAAGGAUCGCUUCGGAUUAGCCAUCCAAUCCGCGGUGAUGGGCACCGAUUCCGCUGGCCGCUUUGAUGAAGAGGAGUUUAUCAACUGGUGGAGACGGGUCAAAGAUACGGACCCCAUUGGCUCCCUUUGGGCCAAGAACUGGAUGGUGGCCAUGAGCACUUGGCCCGCCUAUGCCCGGCCCGUGCCGCCCGUGGCAGAUGCGGGUAUCGAAGCAGUUAUCAUUGGCAACUUGCACGAUCCAAACACGGCCUAUGAGAAUGCGCAGUUGUUGAAGAGGAACUUCCCGGAAGGCUACCUUGUGACCUGGCAAGGUUACGGUCAUUGCCUGACCGUGCCCCAGCAUGCCAUGACCCUUUUGAAAAGUUACAACAAGUCGAAAGCAAACAACACACUUCCUGAAUACACCAAUGGAGUUGCUAAAUAUGCUUGCAUGUCCAAGAUUCUUUCAUAUCUUGAGACUGGCACGGGCAUUACCGACGGGCACACGUGCCUGAUGCCUGAGCCUUUGAGACUGGGCAGUGCUGCAGCAGCGGAGGUUCGAAUUCACAUUGAGUAAAACUAGCAGAUCCGUCCGGUUGUCGCAGCAAGAA